CACAUUCCUCUGCCUCUAAGGGAAGAGUUGUUUGUUCAUGUCCAUGACUUUGAACAUCAACUCGAUGCUUUUUGGCGCGACCAAUUCCGAAAGAGAUUCUUUUGCAGGCAUGUAUUGUAGAAUACAGGGAUUUCACUUUGCAGGAGAGAUGUAAGAAUUCAUAUUAUGGUAGAAAUAUAUGGGAAGUAAGUUGACAGUUCAACUUCUGUGAUCCAUUAUCAAAGAAAAAAACUGUUAGGAGGGAAAUUUAAGUUGUGUCAGCAUCGGAUACUGCCCCACCAGCCUCUUUAAAUACAGUUUGGUGACACACAGGAAUAUAAGCAAACCCCCAGUGAUCUCUGUAUUGUCCAAAAUCAAACACCAGAAACAAACCAUUCUCUCUUCCUCUGCAAAAACAUGUUGUAUAAGAAAUCUUGAGUUGUCCUUCCUUUGAUCCCUAAGUCUCUCCCUGUAAAGUCCCUAUCUUUCCACUUUUUCUGGUGUUCCCUCACAUUCACAUUUCUCUCCACAAAAAUUAUUGCCUUUCUUCUUCUUUCUUAGCAUUAUAAUUUAUAACUCCACCACCUCCCACAUCAAACACUUCCACUCCAUGGAGAGCGAUAGAAAGAUCACGGGGCUUCGCGACGCCUCAUUCUCUUGCUACCUCACCACACCAGCAGAGAUCAGCAGCUUUGCUGCUAAGCUCACUGAACCAGCUGUUGCUGCUGCUUCUUUUCCUCUUGAUGACCAUGACAUAGCCAAACCUGAAGAGAACGGCAUUGGCGUGUUCAGAGCUGAGAAGUACUUCAACUCGAGACACGAGGACGCCAGAAGUCCUCGUAUCAUCGACACCCUCACCGGGAAGUAUGUCCAUGAAAGCGGCACCAUUGAUCCCCGCAGGACGACAACGAGGAAGCAUAAGAUCAAGCAAGUUGUGGUGGGAACUCCCAGUGUGAGCUCUGAAGCCAGCAGCUGUAGCAGCAGCACCACCACCCAAUCCAUAUUCCUCAACAGCUCACUUGGAAACUCGACGUCGUCUCGCCGUGGGAGCAGAGAGAAGCGGCCGUUCUUCCCUGCCUUCCCCUGCAGAGGCUCUUGCUCGGACAAGAAAUCCCUCCACAUCAGCAGCAGCAAACAGGGUGUCGGAGUCGAAAUCGCACACAGCAAACCAGUGAAUUGGGAAGCAAGAAAAUUACAGAGCAAGUCGAGAUUACAGAAUCCGGUGAUUUCUCAGAGAGUCGCAGAAGAUGAACAAGGAAGGAAAUCUCUGGAAGUGUUUGGUUCUCGUUCAAUGAAGAAAGAAGAGGAAGACAUGAUCGCCAUGGAUUUAGAAAGGAAGCUCUCUGUGCUGAGUUGGGAUGCAAUUCCUAACCCGCAACAACAACAACAAAUAAAACAAACCCUGAUCAUGAAACCCAAACCCAUGAAGAAGGAAAUGGUAUACGACGAAGAGAGCGAUGGAAGUUCCGAUCUUUUCGAAAUCGAGACGGCUUCAGGGAGCACGCGGCCAAUGUUCACGAAGCAGGAUGAUGGUUGUGUCACGCCGACGAGUCGUUACGCGCCGAGCGAGGCGAGCGUGGAGUGGAGUGUGGUUACGGCUAGUGCUGCUGAUUUCUCGUUUGCUGCUUCAGAGUAUGGCGAUGAUUAUAAGAUGGCUGCUGCAGGUUCUGGAAUGAGAGGCAACCCUGCGGCGAAGGGAAGAAGAUCUUCGAAUGCGAAUGACGGUGGUGGAAUCCUGAGCUGCAAGAGUCUCAAGGCCGUGGAGAUUGCUGCUGGCCCUGUUGUUGUACACAAGGAGAAACUGUACUCUGCCGCCCUGCCAGCAGCUUCCAAGCAAAAAGUUGCAGGAAGGUGAAAACACUCAAAACAGGGGCGUCGCUUUUGCUUCUUUUGUUCUGUAAUAAAUAAAUAAAUAAAUA